AGCUGAGAAUGAACAGCUUUAGCGGUUGCGACCAAACCACUCGAAAAUUGAGGGUUUUCUCGAGUUCCGCAGUGUGCAAUAUUUUGACGCCUACUUUACGCUAUUUGUUCGCUAAAGUGAACGCUCGUACGAUUUUAUAGACCGCAGCCGGCAACAUGUUUGCUUCCGUUCAACGCGCUAACGUGCACCUCGUUCCACGUUUGUGCUGUUCGUCACCUAACCACUGUGCCCCAACCAAAAUGCCUCCUUUAACCUCUACGCAUGUAUGUACCAGCGUGGUAUGUACUACGCGCGUAUGCGCUGCGCAAAUGUAAUCAGCAUCGGCAUCGAGCAAUGGCUGCAACCAACGUCGGCAUUCCGCAACCAAGAACCGAACACGGAUGAGCCGGGCGGAUCUUUCUUUUGUACUGCCGUGACAGCAGUAACUGCGAUAAGCGUCAGCAGAGGACCACAGCUAUCACGAUGGAUGUAGGCGAAGUUCGUAUUGCCGAUGAUCGAGAUUUUGAGCGCUUGAAAGCUUUGGCCGACAAGCCCGACGGCUGGAAAGUCGAGUACAAGAAAAAAGAUACCACCGUGUGGACUAAAUCAACCCAGCAAACUGAAUUCAAGAUGAUAAAGCUGCACACCGUGUACAAGGAUGUCAGUCCGGCUUUACUGUUCGACGUUUUAAUGGAUCCACUGUAUAGAAAAAAGUGGGAUGUCUACGUGCUGGAGAGCUACGACAUCGGAUUCUUGAAUCCCAACAACGACGUUGGAUAUUACGCAGUUCGGUCUCCACCGCCUUUCAAAAACAGGGACUUCGUCCUCCAGAGAUCCUGGCUACAAACGGAGAAAGAAUGCCUCAUAAUAAACCAUUCAGUGUUUCACGAGUCUGCACCACCAAAGAAGGGUUUUGUGCGAGCCGUUUCCUACCUGACCGGACUUGUUAUUCAACCAGAUGGAAGUUGUGGUUGUAAGCUGACCUACGUAACGCAGUGUGACCCCAAAGGUUCACUCCCAGCAUGCUUUGUGAACAAGCUCACCAAAAUUUUUGCUCCAAAUAUGGCAAAGAAGUUGCGAAAGGCUUGCCUGGAAUACAAUGACUGGAAGAAAGCUCACCAGCCCAGCUACAAGCCUUGGCUGCACCCAGAACAGAUAAGCAUGCCGAGACUGGAUGUGUCGCGCUGUGCAAGGCCUAUGAAUGUUCAUAUUCCUCUCCGUCCGAGGCUACAGGUUAAGUGAUGCGUGAUCAACCUAUUGUUCACUAAAUCUGUAUGGUCAUUUCACUAGAUCACGUCACUGCCAUUAAUGUGGACACUAGCAGUAGCUGGGUAUGUUUGCAUUUUAAUGUCAGUGCGGAAAAGAAAACGUGAAAAUGUAGUCGUACAACCUUCACACUGGAGUGGCUGUACCGUUGUUUUUGAGCAGUAAUGUGGCUUCUUGUGGCCCCAGCUGAAGCUUGUGGCGAACUUUAAGAUGAGGCACUAAUUUUCUUAUAAUCGACUGGUCCAGAGACUUUUCAUUAACAUGUGAUGGCUAUUCAAAGCAACUAUACUCUUAAAUAUUGUACACCCUUCAAGGCUUAACGGUAUUGCAAAAAAAUAACCAAUCUCAUGUGCAUUUUCUUUCUUUAACACUAUGCACCCACUAAUUUCUUGUAAUGAUGUGGUAUUCUUAGAUGCACACGUCAUUUUUGACAGGAAAGUAUGCUGGGCAUGCAUUGUUAAAAAGAAGAUGCGUGCAAGAUUGGGGAUAAUUUUUUUUGUUUGUGUGACAAUGUUGCACCCUAAGGGUGUAUAAUCUUUAGUAGUGUAGUGUUUCAUAGCAAAGCAGAGGUAGUCAGAAGUCUGCAUGAGUGCAAAUUGGCUGCAGUAGAACAAGUUAGGCCACUGAUAACAUCUCCUUUGUCCUGGUUGGCUGCAUUUAUUUAUCGAAAUCUAUUCUUUCUUUGUUUGAAAGCCUCUUCAUGGCCACCCAUAGUCUGUGCGGUAUGGCUACUCUGAUGCAAAGCGUGCCCGAGUAACUUACAAGCUAUUCAAGAAAGCAUGCAAGUUAAAUGAAUGGCAUUAUAAAUAUGUGAAGCAUAUUGCUAUACAAGGAAAUCCCAUGUGGUAUUGCAUUAUUAAGCAACAGUCAUUAAAAACCAAAAGAGUGAUUACCUACAAGUAAAAGCUAAGGCAGGAAAAUAUGCAUUUCACUCACACUUCAGCAGACACCGAGUUCUGUGGAAGCCCACGAAGGGCAGGAAGGUUCAUGAAAGGGAAAAUUGUCAUCCACUUGACUCUAGCUUGAAGCUACAAAAGAAACCCAUAGGGGUUUCUGAGAAAGCAAGCUUCAUAGUUGAGGAAAAAUUUGUCCUGGUCUAAAAUCGGAGCACUAAUUUUCCUUCGACUGCAAAGCUUUCUUUACCAGAAACCUGCAUGGGCUUCCUUUGUAAUUUCGUGUUACUGUCAGGUACAUGAAAAUUUGCCCUUUCAUGCAUUUAGUAUUUAAUUCAGUGGCUAAAGUUUUUUUUUUUCUUCUCCAUGUUGCUCAUUUGCAGUAAGCAGAAAGCUGCCGUUGGUUUUGGUAAAAAUGAUCAAGGUACCAUAGGUAAAGUGGGGUAGUGCUGCAACAUCACAAAUUGUCAGAGGGCAGUAGAAAAAGAUGGUGUAUUGCUACUCGAUAAGACUCCUUACAUGGCAAAUCAGUUUUGUGGAAAUCUGUAAUAUGGUAGAACUUUCAUUAGAGGGCAAAAUUGUCACCAAUCUAACAGUGGCAUAAAGCUACAAAUGAAUCCCUUUCUUCGUAGGUUGCUUUCAUUUCCUUUGCAGCUUUACACUAUGUCAACUAGAUGUCUUCUUUUUUUCUUUUAUGACUCUUGUAGUUUGUACACUUAGUCUACAUUGUUAAGGUGUAGAGCAGACAUUCCUGUUGUGAACAGCCAGGCAUGUGUUAAAUGCAGGUAUGAGCUUACACAGAAUAAAAGCUAGACUUGCUCUUGUGUUGGGAA